AAUAAAUACAUCCAUGACAUUUCCUUGCUACUAAAUAUUCCACAGUCAACUGUUAGUGGUAUUAUAACAAAGUAAAAGCAACUGUGAAUGACAGCAACUCAGUCACAAAAGUGGUAGGCUACGUAAAAUGACAGAGCGGGGUCAGUGCAUGCUGAAGCGCACAGUGCGCAGAAGAAGUCACCAACUGUCUGCAGAGUCAAUAGCUAAGGACCUCCAAACUUCGUGUGGCCUUCAGAGAGCUUCAUGGAAUGGUGGAUUUCCAUGGCCGAGCAGCUGCUUCCAAGCCUUACAUCAUCAAGUGCCAUGCAAAGUGUCAGAUGCAGAGAUGUAAAGCACGCCACCACUGGACUGCAG